GCAAAAAGGUAUUUGACCUAGAUUAUCCCACCAGUACAAAUACAGCGCCUCUACCUGAAAAUGCGACACUUCAACCUUCAGGGCACCUUUUGCAUUGUUUCCAAGAUGGUUGCAAUCUACAUUUUUCUGAUCUGUUUGGCAUCUGCUCUGGCAAAAGACCCACCCACAUGUUGUGUUCCUAACAGUUGGCAGGCUUAUGUAUUACAAACGGAGAAGCUCAACCUUGAUCCACAGCCCUUCUUUGAAUUCUUCUUUGACUACACCCUGAAGAAGGAAGCCCAGCGGUUCAUAAAGUUAGCCCCAGGGUCUGCCCCUGUUGCCGGCAACAGGACCGUCACCGACCACAACAAAGGUAUGAGAUACUUGAUCUCUCCGGCGGGCGCGUGCACAUCCUUUUCUUACCCGAUACCUAUGGUUUCCCCUUGUAUCCCAGAAUCUGCAACAUAUCUUGGUGAAAGCUACGUUGGCUUGCGUAAUUAUGGCGUUGCCUUCAAUGUCUGGAAAUUUAAAGAACCAAUUACCAAGGCCAACAUUACCAUAGCUGUUACACAAGAUUCUUGUACCCCGAUUCUAGAGGGUAUCAAUGGUCCUAAUGUUAACACGAGCCUGCUCUUCAACUAUUUCUCAAGUCCUGUUUCUGACAAGUCGGUGUUUGACGUGCCAAGUGGCUGUUAGCAGGACCUGCAUGACAACACCUGGUCUGGACUGAUUAAGACUUAAGUACUGCUAAUUCGUAAGAGACAGAUCUGGACCCCGUUGCACGACAUGGUCUUAGCGCUAUGAUUAUAUUAUGCCUUUGUUAGAGAAAGGAAGUUACAAUCAUCUAUCUAAAGAUAGCUUUGUGGAAAGGGCCCUGAGAGUUAUUAUAGAGAAUAUGCUGGAGAUGUUUAUUGUAAUAAUUAGCUGUGGUUGUGAUAGACACAUGAUUUGAAUGUAUGCGUACAAAUUAAUUUAUUUAUCGUAUACACGUGUCAUUGUAAAAAGAAGUAUUGUCAUGAUCAUGAUAAUAAAAUAUUUACUUUA